UAAGUUGAACGUGCAGUAUGUGGAUACCAGUGAAUGAAAGGUCAAUCAAUCAGUGUGGCCAGCAACAUGCAUAGCAACAUUCCAAACCGUCUGCUAGCGCUUACUUCUUGUCUAAAAAGGGCCGAGGUUCUGCUCCUGAUUCUGCAGUGAAAGCAGCAAGUUCAGAUUACCGAACAUGCUCUUAUCUCAUGGGUAUAUACUAUGAUAUGAUAAGAACACGUCAGAAGUUGUUUUGAGAUUUGAUCCAGUGAAAAAAAAGAGGGCUAAGCCUAGCCCUAGCUGUCAGGUGUUUAAAUGGCUCUAAAAAUCAGCUCAUCAAAAGUUGUACAAUUCAGCAAUGAGAAUAGAAUCCUAAAAGUACCGGAUCUUGCAAAGGAGGGCAAUCAUGUCGUGUUUGCUCAAUGUGACGCCCAGCCUCUAUCACCUCAAAACCCUUACUUCAGAGUGAAAGUAGUUCAGCAAGCCAAAGACGCUGUCGUAGCCAUUGGCCUCAGCAACUUUACUACUGAUUUGGAUGCAGAGGACAUUGAAAAUGAUGAAACUGAUUUCUCAUCAAGGAGAUCUGAUGCUGUGGCCUACUUUAGCGAUGACGGGAGCGUCUCAAGCCCUGCUAGUAAAGGAUCAAAAGAGUUUUUACCAACCUUUGGCCAAGGUGACGUCGUAGGUCUAUGCAUAGACUACUUUACCCCAACCAAAUCCCUGGUGUGUAUCUAUAAGAAUGACAAGUUGGUUCAGCGGCGUUGGUUAUCACUGAAACCUGAGUUUCUAUUCCCUACCAUCAAUGUGUGGUGGGGGACGGUAGAACUACAUGUAGACUGGCUGAGCUCCUCACCGCCAAGUUGUUCACAGGAUAAUGUGUCGGACUGGAACAUGCCAGAUACAGUAACCACAGAUGACAACCUGGUCAGCCUACGGACAUCAUCAGAGAUAGCUGCUAUCCAAGCACCGUAUCCCUUCCAUACAAGUGCAGAGCAGUACUUGGAAAUGACUAUUGUUGCGAUGGAGGAGGAUACUGUAAUUGGACCUGUCAUUGGAGUGACAUCAGCUCUCCUUGAUGACGGUAAACUCCCUGGUACUAUGAUGGAAGCUAUUGGCUACAGUGCAGCAGAUGGAACUAUUUACUAUGAACACCCUAUCAAUGCAACUCCAUUGGGAGACAACUGCAAAUGUGGUACUGGUGAUGUCAUGGGAUGUGGACUUGUAUUCAGUAACCCCAACGAAGCAGACAAGAGAAAGUCAGUGAAGGUCAUCAUCUACUUCACUAAGAACGGAAAGGUGGUCCACCAUCACGCCAUAUCCCAACCCAUGGGUGGUUUCUAUCCAACUAUUGGUCUAGCAUUCCAAGGUUGUAUCGUGAAGAUGAACACACAAUGUUCAGCACCUCCCCUGCCUGAUGUAGAAGACUGGCGAGUGCAAUCAAAGAAAUUUCAAGGCUUUGGGCUUGGCUUUAGCAGUGCGGAAAUCAACCGAUCCACCGGUCCAACUUUUAAGGACGGAACAACGUCUGGUGAUUUUCGCUUCAGUGAGUUACUGGAAGUACCAUCGGGCGAUGUGAUCAGGCCAACAAAGUCAGGUUCGUCUAAGCAGCUUCUGCAGCUGUUGAAAAUGAUGACUCCAGAACAGCGUUACUUCACCAUCACAGUCACUGAAGAUGAUCCAAAGGGUAAGGUUUCUAUUGGUAUAACUCGUGACAAGCAGAGUGUCGGCGAACUUCCCGGUGAUCUAGUCGACACUGUUGGCUUCUCUUCAUCAGGAAAAAUCUCAAACGGCGAGGAAAAACACAGUACGGAAAAAUACGUCAAAGGAGAUGAAGUUGGCUGCUUUGUGGAAUAUUUUGACCGUAACUUGAAGAUAGUACAUUUUAUCAAGAAUGGUCAACUGGUUGGUGUGGCUCCAAUGACCGGUGGGAGUGCGGACAUGUUUCCCAGUCUUGGGUUCUCCGGUGAGCAGUGUGCAGUCAGAGUCAACUGGCCGAGCCCUAGCCUUACUCUUUCAAGCACGUUCUCCCAGAAUGAUCUUUCCAACUGGAUAAAAUGUUCUGGGUUGAUUCUACGAGGGUCCUCGCUGACUGUGCAGAAGAAGAAGAGGAAUCAACACGCAAUGAGCUUCAAGUCACCUCAACCACUCACUAAAGCCUGGGAUUACUUUCAAGUGGCUGUCAAUUCCACGAUGCUGUCUACCUUAAAUCAGCACAUAAGCAAGGCUCCUGUAAUCGGGCUGACUAAUGUCUUAGGGAACAAACCAUUCAAGGAAUUAUCAAAUGGAGACAAGGCGAGAGAUAUCCGUUACUAUUGCAAUACAAAUUGCAUAGGUUACAAGGAUGCCCUCUCUAAUGAAAAGUCCAAGCUGCAAAUAUUAAUAGAGAGUGGCGAUCGACUAGGAUUCGGUAUAGUCUACCCACCCAAGAAGAACCAACCAGAUGAUCGAGCUUCUCAAGUGGUGGUCGUGUAUUGUACAAUCGGUGACACUCUCCUCUACCACAGGGCCAUGGAACAACCCGCCGGUGGCUUCUAUCCAAUCAUCUCCCUCUAUAAAUUUGGAAGUGAAGUACAAAUCGACACAAACCCCCAGCCCUUUCCCUUGGGUGAUGUUUCAAGCUGGAUGGCCGAAGCAGAACAGUUGAGGAAAGAUAUCAUCCAAGCCAAGAAAGACGAAGCUGGCUACCACAGAAUGAGCACUGAAGAAAGACAAGAGAACCCAGCCUCACCUGCAGAGGAAAGGCCACAGAAUCACCUAAAUAAAUACAAGAUUCUUAUAUACUAUGACUCGGCACGCUACAAUGGUGCGACUCACAUACAAGCACAGCUGGAAGAGAAGGGAUUCGUUGCAAUUCUCCCUCCCAUCUCCACAUUGGAAAAGGAAAUCAUGGCCUCCAUCAAGACGUGUGACUCCUUAGUCUGCUGUAUGGGACCAGAGAUUAGCAACAGCCAACUUGCUGGUAAAGUCUUGGAUCUGGCCAAGGAAUCCGGAAAACCCAUCCUGCCCUGUAUCCUGACCAGUGUCAACUGGCCACCAGAGGGGGCUGCGCAGGAGCAUUUUCACAUGCUCACGAUGGACAAAAUAGAGAUGACACAAGAUUUUGAUUGGGGUGUGGACCAGAUCGCUGAGAAGACUCUGGAUCUAAAGGGCAAAGGUUACAAUGGAAAGGUUAUCAAGGUCGAGAUAGGUGAAGGUGCCAAGAAGCUGUAUACAGAUGCUCAGAAAGGAAACCAGACGACCAACAAGGAGAGUGAUCCAAAUGCUCUCAAGAAAGCAGUCAUAGACGCCGAUAAUAGGAAAGCAACCUCCUUUGGGAAUACUCCAUCUUCCAAUAGCCCUCCUCCAGUGUUGGUUUCAGACAGGCCCCACAGUGUCACCCCACGAGGAAAGACGGACAGGGUAACUUCUGGGCGACCAAGGUCUCAAUCUGCUUCGGGCGGGCCACAGGGAGGGGCUGGUCAAGCAUCCGGACUACAGAAAUCCAAAAUGUGUUUGAUUUUGUGAGGUGUGGCUUUCCUUUCUUAGAAAGAAUUUUUUAUGAGUGAAGAAAGUAUUGUAAUCUGGAGGAGUAGGUGUAAAUUGAAAUCCUCUGGCCUGAAAGAAAUAUAUAUUUUUGAAGAGACUGGUCAUUGUGUCACUUCAUUAUUUCUGGAGAAUUAAUUGUAGAGGUGCGUAUUGACCCCAUUCACCUUGGGCCCAAUUUCAUAAAGCUGUUUUAAAGCAGAAAAUACUGCUUGACAAAUUUCUUUGCUUAGCAAAAAUUGAGUCGGGCACCAGCAACAACGAUGCAAACUCAAUGUAAUCUGGACUGGUAACAUGAUUCUGUUAAGUGAUACUAUUCUGUGCUUAGCAAGUUUUUACGCUUACAGACUUUAUAAGAUUGGGCCCAAAUCUUGGUUCAAUAGACCUUUAUUAGGUGCCAUCAUGUUAGUCAUGCUCCCCGUAUCCAAUAACAGUAAUGAAUGUUAGUAUUCAUAACACCAACAAGGAACCAGUCUGUUUGGCCUUGGUUUGGCUUUAUUGGAAUAGAGAAAAAUCAAGAUGGACACACCAUGAUAAAAGGUGUAUACUGUGUAGUCUAUACAGUGUAGUUUGUUUAAAUUCUGAAUAAAUCUGUGAUCAUGAAUGAAUUUAAAUCUAUAAUCAUGAAAACAAAUUUUGUAAAUAUUAUCAACACUGUUUGUUUAAAUGCAGUGUUUAAUAAGUAUGUGUUUUCUGUACUUAAAUCUGAAGUAUGGGUGUUUGAAAUUAAACUUUGUUACAUUAAAUUGCCAAAGUCUAUUUCAUUCCAUGCACUCUGGACCAGCAAGUAUUGGGUUUCUUUAUUUUGAUCCUCAAUUUGUAGAUCAAGUUGGCAACAUCCUUUUCUAAAAUGGCAUAAUUUUUAAUAGAUCUUAUGCAUUGACGUCAUGCAGCUGCCCCCCUGCGGCGCACAGGAUUGGCGCGCGAUUCGCUGCUUAUAAGUGCCAAUUCUUUGCUUGCGGUAGGCCGAGCCAUGACAUUGGACCCUUAUCUAGUUGUGCGAUUAUGCACAAGUUGUGGUCCUUUCCUCAUGAUAUUCAUCUACAGAUCCGUCAAUAAAACUUUCUGGUUUUCUGUGAGGCCUUGUCUGAAUUGCCGGCUACGGCAACACCUAUGGCUAGAUCACUGCAUCAUCGAGCAUUAAACUAUAGGACUUCCUUAGCAACACCUUUGACAAUAGUUGUAGCCAUAGCUUUAGCCGCCAAUUUGGAUAUGGCCCAAGUUUGAAUGAAGCAUAAUUUAGGUAGCCUUGAUGUUAACCAAAGUGUAGCUUUGUAAACUCAAAGUAGCCUUUUUCUCAAUCAAGACUGAAAAAAAUGUUUGAUGAAAAAAAAAAAAAAUUGAGUACUUUUGACUGCUGAGGAACUCCAAUGUAUAAGAAAUUUGAACAUUUAUUUAUUUUACUUGCGCCUCAGGUCUUUUGAUAAAAUUUAAGUUUUAAAAGAAUUUAAAAUACUUGCCCAUUCAUUUUUGGCAGUUCUCCAUGUUGUAUCGUAUAAUGUUGAACACAUUGAGUAAAUCCUCAAGAGAAUAAUAAAAAUAAAAAACAGUUUAUUUAUGUUACGAGUACGAAUUACACAUCUUUCAGCUGAUAGACAUAAAUAUUCUAGAUAUUAUUUUCUAUGUUCUGUGAGGCUCAACGCAGUAGAAUGUAAUAAAUUUGAUCUGUACAAAUGUCAAUGAAUGAAUAAAAAGUCCGUUUUA